AAAGCUAUGCUUUGAAUCCUCAGUCCAUCCGCCUUCUGGCAACUCGAAACGCUGCGGAGGAAGAUGGCGACGGAGCCUACUCCCCCCUCCGCCGACCUGCACCACGACACUGAGGACAGAUAUCAAAAGAUAGAAGGAAGAAGACACCGUUCUAUUUUUGAACUAUCAUCAGACUUCUUCGAUUCGUGUCGCAUCCUCCGGACUCCCUUCGCAUCGCCACUCUCGGUUGCUCAAAAACUCGAAAACCUCUCUGUAAAAAAUGAAUGCGAUAUCGUCGUGGACGAGAAGAUCGAGAGUGAAGAUAAGAUAUCAGAAAUUAACAGCAUCGUCACCAAUAAUACAAUGCGAAGAUGGUCUUGCAAUACUUGCAAAGCUGAAUUCGAGUCUCUCAUUGACCAGCGCUCUCAUUUCAAGUCCGACAUUCAUAGGCUAAACAUAAAACUAAGUAUUGCGGGAAAAGACACGAUAAGGGAAGAGGAUUUUGAUGAUGGAACCCAAGAUUCUUUAUGCAAAGAUUUCGACGUGUCAAGUAUAUCAGCAUCCGAUGAUGAUGAAGAAAGAGAAACAGUUGUCAGAAAUGACAUUUGUUGUGGAUUGGGCGGCAAUGUUAAAAAUAAACUGUUCAUACUAUUGCAGACUGGAGAGAUAGUUUCUCUGUGGAAACCUUUACUUAUGAAGGAGUCAGUUCCCAUUUUAUUUGAGAAUGAUAAACCAUUUGCGACAAAUGCCAACGAUGCCAAAAUCUCACAGUACUUGAAGGAAAGGGAAGUUAGUGAAAGGCUCAAGUAUUUAAUCCAUAAAUCAAGAGAUAAUACUCCGUUAAGGGUUGUUUUGCUUGCAAGAGGUGGGCACUUUGCAGGUUGUGUCUUUGACGGCAAUUCUGUUGUGGCUCAUAAAACAUUUCACAGGUAUGUUAUUCGAGCUAAAGCUGGUAAAAAGCAAUCAUCAAAGGAUGGGAGUGGGAAGAUUGCACACUCUGCUGGAGCAUCACUUCGUCGUCAUAAUGAACUUGCACUCAAAAGGGAAAUUCAAGAAUUGCUGGCUGCGUGGAAGCCUUAUUUUACUAAUUCAUCUUGUGUUUUUGUACAUGCCCCCUCAAACAAUCGCCAACUGUUCUUUGAUGGGAACAUACCAUAUUUUUCCUGUCAGCAGACUGCCAUUAGGAAUGUUCCUUUGACAGUUCGGAGGCCUACCUUGAAGGAGGCUCGAAGAAUAUAUAACUUAUUGACUCAAAUUUCCUUUGAGGUUAAUGAAGAAGCUUCCCUUAACAUAGAAGUGGGCUCAUCGCUAAGUCAAAACACUUGUAAUAGUGGCUUUGCUGAGGUGAUAAAAGAAGCAGGACAAAAUUCUGAGAGUAAGGAAAUUACUGAUCAAUGUAUCAAUGGAGGUCCCAGUAUAUCAAGUGAGAGUGGAGGUGAAAGUGAAAAUGAGAUCAACGGGGUUACUACAUCUUUACAUGAAGCAGCUAAGUCUGGCAAUGUUAAAGAGGUUUUGGACCUUCUAGAACAGGGUAUGGAUCCAUGCAUUAAGAACGAGAGAGGCCGAACUCCAUAUAUGCUUGCGACUGAGAAAGAAGUGAGAAACACUUUUAGACGGUUUAUGGCAUCAAACCCUGAUAAGUGGGACUGGGGUGCUGCAAAGGUGCCUUGUGCAUUGACAAUAGAAAUGGAAGAAUCUCAAGCAGCUAAACAGGCAGAGAAAGAUGCCAAGAAAAAAGCAAGGGCAAAAGAGCUUAAGAAAUUGCGUAAAGCAAGACAAAAGAAGGCACAGGCUGAGGCUAAUGAAUCAAAUAUUGCUUCAAUCAAGUCAGAAGGUCAACGGCUUGGUUCCAUCUCUACUCCUGGUGGAGCAUCUCGAUCUAGUGUCUCAACAAAGCUGUCUAAAGAGGAGGAACUAAAAAGGGCUCAAGAUGCUGAAAGAGAAAAGAGAGCAGCUGCAGCUGAGAGAAGAAUGGCAGCAGCGGGUGUGGUUGAUCUUAGAUCUUGCAACACAUCUGGAGCUGACAUCUUUUGUUCUUGCUGCAAUGUUUCACUAACGGAUUGCUCAAUCGGCAGCUGCGAUCAAGAAAGCCCCGGCCGGUAGUUAGGGCAUCUCUGGAUUCCGCGCCAUAUCUAUGAGUCAGUUGCUGAAUGACAUCGGAAGAUGAUGAAGGCAGACGAAAACCCGACGAGUCCAUUGGCGUUAACCUCGAAGCUCGACCCGAAAUCGGACCCUCCUUUGAAAGACCACCCGUCUUCACCGAACCCCGUCAUCAACGGCUCCCGUCUCCGGUCCAGUAAACUCAACAAAUGCAGUGAGCGUUCUCCGCCUCGCAGGAACCCUCAAACUGCCGAGGAAUUCGUACUCUCUGUCGCCUCCAAGUACGCGUCUCAGCCUCUUCAGAACUCCGAUCCUGACGUUUGGGGUGUACUCACAGCCAUUUCGGAUAAGGCUCGCAAGCGUAACCAGGGAAUAAAUAUACUUUUGACAUCUAGAGAACACUGCAUUGGCCGUUUGGUAGGAGAUGCUCGUUUCCAAGUUUUAUCCCCAGCUGUUAGUGCCACACAUUGCAAGAUCUAUAGAAAGACAGUCGCUAAUGAAGACUCAGAGCAUGGGACUUCUGUUUUUCUGAAAGAUACUAGCACAAAUGGGACGUACCUCAACUGGUUAAAAUUGAAUAAAGGUUUCCCUGAUGCUAUACUUCGGCAUGGAGACAUCAUAUCCAUUGCAUUUGCUCCACAUCAUGAACUUGCAUUUGCCUUUGUAUUUCGAGAAGUUUUCAAGACUAAUUCAUCAACCGAUGCUGCAGCUCUUAAGAGAAAAGCAGAUGAAUUUGGCUGUGACAACAAGAGACUUAAGGGAAUAGGCAUCGGUACUCCUGAAGGUCCAAUUUCUCUGGAUGAUUUCCGUAGCCUUCAACGGUCAAACACGGAAUUGAGGAAACAACUAGAGGAUCAAGUUGAAAGAAUUGAGGCUUUGCGCAAUGAAAAUCGUGCAACUGUUGAGAACCACGAGAGUGAAAUGAAAGAUUUGAGAGAUUCUGUUUCAAAAUCCUACCUUGAUCAGAUAAAAGAUUUGAACCGAUUAUUGCAGGCUAAGGAUAAAGAAUUUCUUGAUUCUAGUAGGAUAUCUGCUGAGCAAAAACAUAGGCUGCAAGAUCUUAAUGAAAGACUUAGUGCAUCUGAGCAAUCAUGCAUUGAGGCCAACGAAAUAAUAAAUAGCCAAAAAGCAUCUAUUUUAGAACUGAAGGCCUUACUAGAUGAGGAACGUGAUCAGAGAAAAGAAGAAAGAGAAAAGGCUGCAUUAGACCUGAAGGCUUCUAUACAGAGAGUUCAGGUUGAAGCACAGGAGGAAAUCAAAAGAUAUUCCGAUGCUGCCUUGCGACGUGAAAAAGAGCAGCAAGAAAUGAUUAACAAACUACAGGAAUCAGAGAAAGAGAGGUGCUCGCUCGUGGAAGCAUUGAGACUAAAAUUGGAAGAAACCAGACAGAAACUUGUAAGUUCAGACAAUAAAGCUCGCCAGCUUGAGGCGCAAAUUCAUGAGGAGCAAUUUGCUUCCUUCACCAACAGAAAAAGAAUGGAUGAACUGGAGCAUGAAGCAGAGAUUUUGAGGAAAGAGCUUGAGAGAGAAAAGGCUGCUCGAGAAGAAGCAUGGGCAAAAGUUUCAGUUCUUGAACUGGAGAUCAAUUCUGCUAUUAGAAACCUAGAUUUUGAGAGACGCAGAUUGAAAGCUGCCCGAGAAAGAAUCAUGCUUCGAGAGACACAGCUUCGGGCUUUCUAUUCAACCACAGAGGAGAUAUCAGUUCUGUUUGGAAAACAGCAGGAACAGUUAAGAGCAAUGCAGAGGACAUUAGAAGAUGAGGAAAAUUAUGAGAAUACGUCGAUGGAUUUGAACCUCGAACCAAUUGAACGCAAUGCUAAUGCGUCAGUGGUCAGGGAGAGAGGAGUUGGAGAGGAUUGCGACAAUGGUGGUGCUUCUAAGGUGGGCUCUACCCACCGGAAUAUUUUUGGAGGAACAUCAAGUGAUGCAAGCUUGACAGAGAAGCAUGAUUGCACCAUCCGAAGCCAGCCUGAAGAUGAUGAGACCCAGGAGGUAGAGUUCACCAGUGGUGAACAGUGCAAGCAACAGCAUGCCGCCUUUGGUUCUGAUAUCGACACGCCUAUCAUGGAGGGAGAUCCAGUUGGAACUGAAAAAGUCCAUGAAUCAGGUGAUCAUCUCAACCACCCCCACCACCACCUUUUAGGAUCCGAAACAGUGGUUGCGACGGGAAGCCAAACAAGUAACAUGAAUAUGGAUUUAAACACCUUUGAUCGCGGGGAGGAGGAUACGUUGAAUCUGGAGGCCAAUAAGAAUAUUGAACCAGAGAAGAAUCCCGUAGCAGUUCAGAAUGGUGGAGAUGAAGUGGGAGAAGAGACUAUACGAGCAGCUUGUCUCUUGGUAGAAGUUGCUGGGAGCUGGGCAUGCAGUACUGCCCCAUCUGUUCAUGAAGAGAAUAAUGAUUCUCAGAGGAGUAGGAGUAGAGCUAUUAAGGAUAGCAUUUCACACGUGGCAGAGAGUCAAUCCUCCAAGGCAAAUUCUGCUUCUACAAAUAGUAGACGGGAUCACGAGCAUAAAGCACUGAGUGAGUUGAUUGGGAUUUUGGCUCCGGAUCUGAAGGAGCAGUUCGGUUACAGUGAGGAUGAAAGUGACGACGGGAUUGCUUCUAAUUCUGAAACGCAAAGUUGCACAGGCAAUGAUGAUGAUGAUGUGGCGGAUACUGAAGUUGGGUCAGAUGCUGCAAUGAAUGAUAAUGAUGAUGAUGAUACUCAGGAAGGUUCCAUAGGAUAACAAGGAAAGUAAUGAUGCAUGUAAAUAGGUAGAGGUGGUUUUGAAUUCAUGUCUUCUAUUCUUUCUCCUUAUAAAUCUCGUCUUGCACUGAUCAUUGUGGAACUGGCAUCAUUUUAUUUUUUAAGGGAAUUGGUAAGAUCAAAGCUUGUCAAUUUUAAUACUCAAAUGGUCUCCACCCC